UAUAACUCCAGUGAGCAUUGAAAAAACUAUCACUACAAAUAUAACCCAAACCCAAAACCAUUAUGUCGCACAUACUCGCGUCAAAACUCGAUUGCCAAUGCGGCGGAAAAAGCAGUCCCAUCGACUCGGUUAUAGCACCGAUUACUCAGGAACUAAAGUGCAUGCAGAUGGUUCUCAGAAAGGUGAGGCGUAUGCAGAUGAUCGAACUUAUCCGAAGGGAAACGGAGAUGUAUGAGACUGAGUUGAGGGCUCUGAACCUCUCCAUUUGGUCUGAAGUUGGUCAUCGCAGCUGCAAAUGACCCAUAAGGAAGUUCCGGAUGUCCAAUAUUCAGUUAGGACUUUUCUCUUGCCGAAAAGUUGAGCUUCUUCGAAAGAAGUUCGAUUUCCGAAGUUUAGUUAGCAUCAGUUUAAAAUUAAGAUUCAUAUGCAUUUUCUUACCAAGUGUUUUUCCAAAACUUAAAAAUAUUUGUGUUUUAGAUAUCUUGAUUGGAGAAAAAUAUAUAAUGUCAUAACAAUGUCAAAAAUGUAAUAAAAAUAUAUAAUCAUGCUGA